AUGGCAAACCACAGGGGUCACAUUCUGGAUGUGGACCUGAGAUGUCGCGAGAACAACUCGGCUCACCGUACCAGAGAGAUCGAUUGGAACCGCUUGAUUGUGCGUCGGGGUCAGCCCUUUGCCAUCUCGGUGCAGUGCUCCCCUGAGUCUGGCUUCGGUCAAACCCAGCUGGCUUUGGUCCUGCACCUUGGCAAGCGAGACGAGGUGGUGAUCAAGGUUGAAAAAGGCGAUCGCACCAAAGACGGUUGGUGGUUUAGGCAGGAGGGAGCCCAUGGUAAAGUGCAGCUGACCGUCCACAGCCCAGCGGAUGCUAUCAUUGGCCAUUACCGUCUGAAUGUGUUGGCGACAACGACUGAUGGUCACGUGUUAGAGAAGAACGAUAAGGCUCAGUUUCACCUGCUUUACAACCCGUGGUGCAGAGAUGAUGCUGUGUACAUCCCAGAUGAGAAGCUCCUUCAGGAGUAUAUUAUGAAUGAGAAUGGUAUAAUUUACGUGGGCACCUCGGACUACAUAGGUAGCCGGCACUGGCAUUUUGGACAGUUUGAGGAAAAUGUGAUGGACAUCUGUUUUGAAAUCCUGGACAAUUCUAAUGAGGCCUUGAGAAACUCCCAGAAGGAUAUCAAGCAAAGAUGGGACCCUGUAUACGUUGGCAGGAUCAUCUCUGCCAUGGUUAACUCCAAUGGUGACCGGGGCGUGUUGGUCGGCCGCUGGCAGGAGCCUUACACUGACGGAGUUUCACCUUCUAAAUGGACCACCAGUGUUCCCAUUCUACAGAAGUGGAGUAAUGGUGGAGCCAGGCCAGUCAAAUACGGCCAAUGUUGGGUGUACGCUGCUGUCGCCUGCACAGUACUCCGUUGCCUGGGAAUCCCAACACGUCAUAUCACAAACUUCGCUUCAGCUCAUGACACUGAUGGAAACCUUUCUGUGGACUUCCUGCUCAAUGAAAAAAUGGAAAGUCUGGAUUCCAGAGGAAGGUCCGACAGCAGCUGGAACUUUCACUGUUGGGUCGAGUCCUGGAUGAAGAGAGAGGAUCUCCCCCAAGGGAAUGAUGGCUGGCAGGUUUUGGAUCCAACUCCUCAAGAAUUAAGUGAUGGCCAGUUCUGCUGCGGCCCGUGUCCGGUUGCAGCCAUCAAGGAGGGAAAUCUGACUGUCAAAUACGAUGCGCCGUUUAUUUUUGCCGAGGUCAACGCUGACAUCAUCCACUGGAUUGUCCGAAGAGAUGGGUCCCGUCAGAAGAUCCGAGUGUCUCAGGACAGUAUCGGCCUGAACAUCAGCACAAAAAGUGUUUUCGGCAACUCCAGAGAAGAUGUCACUUCACACUACAAGUAUCCGGAAGGUUCCAAGAAAGAGCGAGAGGUGUACGAAAAGGCUGGACGUCGUGGCAGAGACUCGUCCAGUGAUAGGGCCAAACCUGGCAAACUGCAGAUGAGCAUCAAGCAUGCAAAACCUGUAUUCGGGUCCGACUUUGAUGUCGUCGUUGAGUUGAAGAAUGAUGGAGGAGUUGAAGCUAAUGCCCGUCUGACCUUGCUAGCUAUGGUAGGAACUUACAAUGGUCUAAACAGAAAGGAGUUUGAGAGAGAAACCAAAAACGUCAGUGUGCAGGCCCACAAAGUUCACAAGGAGGUUCUGCGGGUGCACUACGAGAAGUAUUCCAAGCAUGUCUCCGAUCACCACAUGAUCAACGUGAUGGCGCUGCUGGAGGCCCAAGGAGAGAAUGAAGUUGACAUGGUGACGGCCAAAAUCCCAUUCAGCUUGCCCGAGGUCCUCAUAGAGGUUCCCAGUAAGGUGGCUGUUCAUCAAACAGUAACAGGCUCCAUCUCCUUUACCAACCCUUUACCGGUGCCAUUGAAACGGGGUGUUUUCACAGUGGAGGGGGCUGGCCUGGUGUCCCCCACUGUGGUCAAGAUGAACGGCGACAUCGGUCCAGGGCAGAAAGUGCGCCUCGAUCUAACCUUCACACCUGCGCGCAGUGGCGUGAGGAACCUAAUGGUGGAUUUUGACUCAGAUCGACUCCAAGAUGUGAAAGGGGCUGCUACAAUAAUUGUAGGCAAUCAUUACUUAGCACUGAAUUAG